AUGGCUUGCCGCUUCGAUCACACGGCAUACCCGCACCUCAUCGACGCCAUCAUUGCGGCUGCUGAUGUCCCGGCGCUCCUCAAGCUGCGCGCCACGAACAGGUCGUUCUGUGCGCGGGCUGACGAUCUUCUCUUCGGCCAUGUCCGCCUCGACGUCGGUGGCGAGGCCACCACCCUGUGCGAGGCUUCCAGUGGCCACCGGCUGCCAUUCAAGCCGGACCUGGUGAGGGCCGCAGACGUAGGGUCCCGCGGCCCUCACGAUGUCGUCGCGCCCCUCGCGCGCCUGGACACCCUCCGCCGCUCCGGGGACGCGAUGUACGCCCCCUCUGCACCCCGGCGCAUCACCACCCUGAUCGACUUUAUCGAUCUGCACCCGCCCACUUUGACCGGCGCGACUCCCACCCCGACUACUGCCGAUGAGGAUGACGACGACGGGGUCUAUGGCGACGUCUUGGGCCGCCGGUUCGCCCUUGACCGCCACAGCGCCGACCGCUGGACGGUCGCGUACCCCUUCAGCGUCGAUUCCUACAUCCUGCAUAUCCGGCUUGAUACCGCUUCAACAAUGCCAAGGCUGUGGCGAUACUUCUUCGACGGGAUGGCCAGCUUGUCCUCGGGCGCAAGCCUCACCCGCCUCGUGCUGGUGCUCCACCCGCCCGAGCUGCCCACCCCGGCCAGCAUCAGCAUGACACUGGCGCUUUCCCUGCUGGCAUCCCAGCAAGCGGUCAUUUCUAUGAGCUCCGGCAGCGUGACCUUUGUCGGUGUCGACGUGCUCGCUAAGGCGGGUGGAACGGGUGCCGAGGUCUCCGAGUGGCUCCGCCAGGUGCGCGUGUUCGGCUCCGUCUGGGCGCCACAUCUGGAGACGCGGUGCAUCUCCAUGCAGGACUGGCGAGCUGAGCUCGGUGCCAGGGCCACGCUCGAGGGAGAGUGGGUGGGUGGGGAGUGCGCGUGA